CCAAAGUGACAUUUAUCAGUUUAGAGUUUCUUCCCUUUACACCACGAAUUCUGACCUUGAAGCCGCAACAUCUCUGAUCAUGGCACUCCGUCAAGCCGUUAAAUCGUCAAAUCUUAUUCGGUUUCUACCACAAUAUGCAUCAGCUACAAAUGUGAAACAAAGUUCAACAUGGGGCAAUGUAGAAAUGGGACCACCAGAUGCUAUCUUAGGUUUAACAGAGGCUUUUAAGAAAGAUACAAAUCCCAAAAAAGUUAGCCUUGGAGCAGGUGCUUACAGAGAUGACCAAGGAAAGCCAUUUAUUUUACAAUGUGUCAAAACAGCAGAGAAACAAAUGAUGGAUGAGAACGUUGAUCAUGAGUAUGCACCAAUCAGUGGUCCUCCAACUUUCUGUAAAGCGUCUGCUGAAUUAGCAUUUGGUGCUGACAGCUCAGUUGUCAAAGAUGGUCUUAAUGUUACAGUUCAAGGCAUUUCUGGAACUGGAUCUCUACGACUUGGCGGUGCCUUUUUUUCAAAAUUCUACGCAAAAAGUAAAGCAUUUUAUACACCAACUCCAACUUGGGGAAACCAUAUUCCAAUCUUCAAACAUGCUGGUAUGGAUGUCCAAUCGUACAGAUAUUACGAUCCCAAAACUUGUGGCUUCGAUUUUAAUGGAGCAUUAGAAGAUAUUUCGAAAAUUCCUGAGGGUGGUGUAGUUGUUCUUCAUGCUUGUGCUCAUAACCCCACAGGUGUAGACCCCAAGCCAGAACAAUGGAAGGAAAUUAGCAGUGUGAUGAAGCAGAAAAAGUUAUAUCCUUUCUUUGACAUGGCUUACCAAGGAUUUGCCAGUGGGGAUAUUAACAAAGACGCCUUUGCAGUCAGACAUUUUCUUGCUGAUGGACAUGAAAUAGCUCUCUGUCAGUCAUAUGCCAAAAAUAUGGGACUCUAUGGGGAGAGAGCUGGCGCUUUCACAAUUGUUUGUUCUUCUAAAGAGGAAGCCGAUAGAGUAAUGUCACAAAUAAAAAUCCUCAUUAGAGCUAUGUAUUCAAGCCCUCCUAUACAUGGAGCAAGGAUCGUGGAUAGAGUACUCAAUUCCCCAGAACUCAAAAAUAUGUGGUUAGGAGAAGUGAAAGGAAUGGCUGAUCGUAUUAUCUCCAUGAGACAGAAAUUGAAAGAUGGCCUGGCCCGUGAAGGAUCAAGUCAUAACUGGCAACAUAUUACUGAUCAAAUAGGAAUGUUCUGUUUUACUGGUUUGAAACCUGAGCAGGUGGACAGAAUGAUUAAUGAAUUCCAUAUUUACUUGACAAAAGAUGGCAGAAUUUCAGUGGCAGGUGUAACAUCAGGGAACGUUGACUAUGUAGCUAAUGCCAUUCAUCAAGUGUCCAAGUGAAAAUAAGACGUAAACAAUUACAGUACAUUGCUCUCCUUGGAAUCCAGAACUCGAAAACAUAUUCUCUUGACAAUUUUUUAGCAAGAAAACUGCUUCUGCUAUGAUGUGUUUUCACUCACAAUAUGCCUAUAGUAUUUUUUAAAACUGUUGAUAAAGCGAAAAUUUAUUUUGUUUGGGGAAAACAAUUAAAUUUUUUGCUUAAAUAUUUUUUGAUAUUAUGAUUAAUGUUAAAAUACUUUCAUUUAAGUGUUCAGUAGAAGUUACCGUAAAAUAAUUAUUUAUAUUAAAUAUAAUUUUCCUUUUUCAGUAUAAACAUGCAUAUUUAUAUGAUUUUAUGCUUAGUUUUGUCCUAUUCCUGUUUUGUUUUUUUUUAAUUCUUUUCAUAAGUAAGUAUAUUUACUAAAACAAUAUAUUGAUACUUUUAUGUUGACAAGAAGUCUCUUCAUAAAGUGACCAAUUUUUUUCUACUUUUUCGGAUAGUACCAUUCACAAGUAUAUAGAAUAUAAACAUCAGAUAAAUAGUUACAGUAUUAUUUUAUAUGUCAGUACUAAGUUUAAAAAAAAAAACAGCCUACGCCAUUGCAUAAUGUCUUGUUAAGUUUGUUAAUGAUCUGUUCAAAAGAUAUUUUUAUUUGGUAGUAACAAAGUAUUGUAUAUAUUUUAUUACUCAGGCACCUGCCAAACCAAAUUUUAAUUUUGAUGUAAUAAAUUGUGAUAUCUUUUA